CCCAAUUGACGCACAAUUCAGGCCCUCCGAUUGCGGGGAUGUGGUGUCCACUGUGGUUCCCAUGCCCAACCGACGGCCGGAACAAUCCCGCUAGUUGGUCAUAAAUACCUACGCCGCACCGCUUCUGCUGUUAACCCACAACCUCGUCAACAUGAGCAGUCUUCCCAAGUCUACAAUUCAAGGCAUCACGAUGCCUCUGUCAGACCAAGCCCCAAAUAUGACCGAAGAGAUGGGCCAGUCGAGUCUCACCGCGGAGAUAAGUCCCAAGCAAAAGCAUUCAAAGAAACUCCAGGUGCUCAUUGUAGUCGCCGCUUUCACCAUCAACUUCACAGCUUGCGGUCUCCUUUACGGCUUCGGCGUCUACCAAGCCCACUACGAAACAAUGGCUUUGGAAAAGGCCACCCCGUUUACCGGAGCUUCGCCUGCCGAAAUCGACCUCAUCGGCAGCCUCUCAAAUUCCGUCAUGAACCUCGGCGCCCCCUUUGCGGUAGCAUGGGCCAAGAAUUGGAACGCGCAUCUCGUCAUCUGCGCUGGUGGUCUUCUAUACGGAAUAGCCAGCGUUCUGGCGAGCUUCGGGACCGCGCUGUGGCACUUCCAACUGACCCAGGGCUUCCUACUAGGCGUCGCGACUUGUCUAUCACUCAUGUGCUCUAUGACGGUGGUGCCUACAUGGUUCGAUAGACACAGAGCCCUGGCAAUGGGUAUUAUUUCUUCCGGCACUGGCAUUGGUGGCCUCGUCUGGGCACCCGCCUUACGGUAUUGCAUUGACCAAAUGGGCUUUCGCAAUACUCUCCGUCUAACCGGUGUCAUUGCCGCCGUAUUCAUGUUUGCCGCAGGUUGUGUCAUCGGCUGGGAGCCCUCAAUGGCCGCACAACUACACGCUGAGAAUGAGGGAGCUUCUUGGGUCACGAAGCUAUGUCGAAUUCCACUACCAGACUGGAAAACCGCAAAGCAACGCAAGUUUAUUGCACAAGCCUUGGGUACUGCUCUGCAGAGCGCGGCGUACGCGACUCCUGUCUUUUUUUUGGCCUCGUAUGCAAAGACGCUUGGGUACAACGAUGUCGAUGGCGCAAACUUUACAGCUGUGAGCAAUGCCAGCAAUGCCAUAGGAAAGAUUGCUGCUGGCUUUAUUGCGGACCGCGUAGGACGACUCAAUGCGUUCUUCCUCACCACAUUCCUCAGUACUGGAGUCACAAUGGGACUGUGGGUUCCCAGCACAAUCGUUGGGACGAGCAAUAAGGGCGUUGGGAGGUCUCUUUUUAUUGCCUUUACAGUUCUAUACAGCAUCUUUGCGAGCCCAUACGUCAGCCUGUUCCCAGCCACUCUGGUCGAGCUUUUCGGUGUAUCGCAGUUGCCACGCGUGGCAGGAAUAAUGUAUAUGAUGCAGGGCGUGGGAGCUAUAAUUGGAACGCCAGUCGCUGGAGUUUUGAUCAAGGAUUCCAAGACGGCCAGGAGCUCUGAUGACUACACGGGAAUGGCGAUCCUGGUCGGUGGCUUGUUAUUUGCAACCACUGUCAUGGUUGCCUGGGUACGGAUAGAGGCUGCCAAGAGUCACACCGGCGAGAAGCGGCAGAGGAAGUGGAAGUUGUAGUGUUUAUUAUAUUGCUAGCGUGGGAUUGUAGUACUCAGAAAUCUGCAAUAUGGAGCUGGAAACAAGAAAUAUAAUUGCAUAAAAGUCA